AUGGAAAGUCUGGAGCCCAGGAUGGACAUGUCCUAUCCUGAGAUCGUUGUAGAAGUGGGCACAGUGACUUUUGGAGAAGAGAACAGGAAGAAGAUGACCAAUACCUAUUUGAAAAGAACCGAGAACUCCAAGAUCAUCCAAGCCACAUGUGCCCUGUUGAAUUCCGGAGGGGGCGUGAUCAAAGCGAAGAUUGACGAUAAAAACUACAGUUACCGAUGCCAUGGGCUGGGGCAGGACCUGGAAACCUCUUUCCAGAAGCUUCUUCCUUCUGGUUCACAGAAAUACCUUGACUGCAUGCAACAAGGGCACAAUCUCCUGAUUUUUGUGAAGUCGUGGAGUCCGGAUGUCUUCAGCUCCCCCUUGAGGAUUUGCAGCUUGCGCUCCAAUUUAUACCAGAGAGAUGUGACCUCCGCCAUAAACCUGAGCGCCAGCGCCGCCCUGGCGCUGCUCAGACACAAGCAGUCUCAAGCCCAGAGAGGGAGACCGAGGGUGAAGGCACUGCAUCCCCAGAGAGCUCUCGACCCGAACGUCCAGGAAGAGGAAGACAUGAGGACUUCUGCCUCGAGAUUUCUUCAAAAGGACAAACUCCUCUAUAAAGAGAAACUCGACUUUACUGAGUCAGCGCAUGUGGAGUUUAAAAGGUUCACCACCAAAAAGAUCAUCCCUAGGAUUAAAGAAAUGCUUGCUCAUUACGUUUCUGCGUUUGCCAACACCCAGGGGGGCUACCUCAUCAUCGGGGUGGAUGAUAAGAGCAAAGAAGUGUUUGGGUGCAAGAGAGAAAAAGUGAACCCGGACUCGUUAAAAAAAGAAAUAGAAAACUGCAUUAAAAAAUUGCCCGUGUUCCACUUCUGCUGUGAAAAGCCGGAGGUGAAUUUCACUACCAAAAUCCUGGACGUGUACCAGAAAGAUGUCCCGUAUGGCUAUGUCUGUGUGGUUCAGGUACAGCCCUUCUGCUGCGUGGUGUUCACGGAAGCCCCGGACUCCUGGAUCAUAAAGGACAAUUUGGUCACCAGGCUGACGGUGGAGACCUGGGUGGCCAUGAUGCUGGAUAUUCAGCCAGCUCCUGGCAGCUCGACCACAGACUACAGCCUGCCCCUGGUCUUGCCAGCUUCGCCUGCACUGGGAGGCCCCCGCCCUCCCACCAAAGUCCUGGAAUUUAAGGGUGCUCUCCAGCAACGUCUGUUUCCAGUGACCCAGGAGGAGAUACGCUUUAAACCCGAAUCCCUCUGUGAGAAGCUCUUCUCAGGCCAUCCAGAACUGGAGGAAUUCAUGAAGACGCAGAUACGUCCUUACUCUCGGGGGAUUGUGCUGUUUUCCAGGAGCUGGGCUGGUGACCUCGGCCUCAGGAAGGAGCAGAACGUGCUGUGCGAUGCGCUCCUGAUAGCAGCGGACAGCCCCCUGGUGCUCUACACCGUCUUAGUGCGCCCCAGUGGGACCAACAACGGGCCUGAGUAUGCCCGAAGCACUGCCCGGCAGCUAAAGCAGAAACUGGGAACGGUGGGCGGCUACGCGGGGAAAGUGUGUGUCAUCCCGAGGCUGGUGCACCUGCCCGGCGCGCUGCGGCCCAGGCCUGGCGACUUCCCCGUGCGCUACCCCCAGUCCUACCAGCUGGCCGAUAAGGAGGACGUGGAAGACUUGUUACAGGCCCUCGUGGUGCUCUUGCUGGGCUCGAGCUCUCUCCUGAGUGACCGGCUGGGCGGCGAGUUUUCCAAAUUGCUCGUAGCGGAGCAGUGCGAGCUGCUUUCGGAGAGCCUGCAGGAGACGCGGGAGCUGUUCGUCCACUGCCUGCCGGGAACGAGGAGGACGGCCCUGGCCAUCAAGAUCAUGGAGAAAGUGAAGGGCCUGUUCCAGUGCAAACCCAAGGAGAUCCUCUAUGUCUGUGAACACGACUCCCUAAGGGAUUACGUGGCCCAACACACCACCUGCCAGGCCGUGACCCGGAAAACCUUCAUGGGAGGGGAGUUCCUAAAGGUGAAACACAUAGUGAUGGACGAGACGGAGAAUUUCUGCAGCAAGUACGGGGAUUGGUACAUGAAGGCUAAGAGUAUCACCCACCCAAAGGCGAGGGGAGCUCGAAGUGAAAACCCUCACCACGGGGUCCUCUGGAUCUUUCUGGACCCUUUCCAGGUCCACCGCGCCGAUGUCAGUGGCCUUCCCCCUCCGUCUGCCCGGUUUCCUCGCAAAGCCAUCACCGACGGGAUCCACUGUUCACUGGAAAUAGCGAGGGUCAUGAAGCAGGAGAUGAAGAAGGUCCAAGAAAAUCCUCUCUCCACCGUGUGUCCAGACACAGUGGCGUUGUUCAGAGAAGCCGCCUACGAGGACGCGGUGCGAGCUCAGGCCCUUCCUGGGGUGUGUGAGACGGAGACCAGCCUGACCGUGGAACAAAUCGCAACGUACGUGGCAGACAGAUGCCACAGCCUGCUCCAGUGUGGCUACCUGCCCAAGGACAUAGCGAUCCUGUGCCGGAGAGAGGAGGACAGAGGACGCUAUGAGCUUGCGCUGCUCAAAGCAAUGGCGUUAACUGAGACCCACGGAGCCACGGAAGCUGUGUUCAGCCAGGCCGCUGGCGCUAGGGGCGAUCGCAUCAUUUUAGACGGCGUUCAGCAGUUUUCAGGCCUGGAGAGGAACAUCGUGUUUGGGCUUUGUCCAGAGUACACCCUGUCGGAGGAAGCUCACAGGCUCUGCUUCGCCUCGAGAGCCAUCAAACACCUCUACCUGCUUUACGAAAAGAGGGCCGCUUUCUGAAAAGUAUUUCAGACGAUACAGGAAGCCCGAAGGAGCAGAGUCCCUUUUCCCGGGCGGGUGGCAGUUACUGCUUUUCACGUAUUACCAACGAGGAGCUCGAGGCACAGUCAGGAUGGCAGAGGGCCACAGAAAUGUCUCUCACUGUCCUCUUCCCGGUCCACCCCACCUCCUCCAUGGACAGUUACAACAGACGUCUGAUUGGUCCCCUGCCUCUGGUUCCAUCAUGUCAACCAGAGAAGUUCUCCUCAGAGAGGGAACUGAUGUUAUGGCAUUCCCUGCUCGUGCAUCCUCAGUGAGUCCCUGCAGUGUUUAAUCCAAACCAGUUUUCAAGGCUUUUUGCAUGAGACACCCUGACUCACGCUCCUAACGCAGCCUUUGUUACACCUCCGUCUCCCAGUGCUUCUAACGCAGCCAGGCUUGCGGGCCUAUCUGGGGCUGGGAGGUAAUGUGCCUUCAGGGCUACUUACUUUGACUGGGUGUCCCAGGGCAGCACCUGGGCUGGCACGUCGUCCUGGCUAUGGGUCUCAAGCUUUGUGGGCUCGGAACUUGAUUUCCUCUACAAGUGGGAAUGUGCUAGCCGUUGUGACGCGUGCAAGAGGCUCUACACAUUUCAGCAUUAGGGCUGCUCUCCUGGGCUUCUGCUACUGCCAUGUGAAGAGUGUGCCUUGGGCAGCCCGCCGGUCACGGACGCAUGAGAGAUGGGAAGCAGUUUUGGACUCCACUCGUGACCUGGAGCCAGGUGUGAUCGAUCCUAACUAGAUUAGCCCAAACCCAGCUGGUUUGCAAUGCAUACGAGAGAAAU